CCCGCGGGGUGGUUAUGGCGGCGCUGCAGUGCCUCCUGCUGCUGCUGUGCGGCGCCGCGCUGGGCCGCGCAGUGCACCUCGACUUCGCUGAGCACCGCAGCCAGGCAGCCAAGAUCAAGGUCAACCCCCGCGGGAACCUCUGGGCCACAGGUCACUUCAUGGGGAAGAAAAGUGUCACGGGCUCCCCUCACCUGGAGCCGCCAGAGGAGCCUGCAGUGCCCAUGGUCUUUGGUCCCUCUCUCAGAGCCUUGCUGGAGGACAUGAUGGAACUGCUUACCCGUGAGCUCUUGAAAAUCCUCUUGCAAGAGAGACUUUUGUAUGAGAAUCAAGGAAAAUACGACCUCACUGACCAGGAGACAGGGCUUUUAACAAAGGUGCUGGAGAAGUAUUUUUCAAGCUAAGGAAAUACAGCCGUGGAAGAUGAGGUCUGCAGCUUGGCCAUGCAUGGCACACAGAGGAGAGCAUCGUGCUUGUGUGUCACUGUAGCAACAUCACUUUUUAUUUAUUCUCUCUGUAAUACUGUUUCUAGUGAGUGCUUGUGUGAAAAGCGGAGCCUCCCUGUAUAUUGCCUGUGUGUUUUCUGCAUUCCUCAUGUCUGAUGAACCCCUGGGAAUAAAGCUGGCUCUUUGCACA